ACCAUCAUGGCGAUGGGUUUUAGUUGCGUCUUUGAUUUACAGUUCAGAAAUUUGUCGUAAUGAUCCGAAUCGUAUUUUUUUGUAAUUAUUUCUAAUAUCCGCAAAACUUUUUCUGAUUAUUUUAUUUGGGACUACUUUUAUGUGAAUUCCAUUAUGGUGAAAUUAACAGAAGAAAUGGUCGUGGCUCGGACACGAAUGUCCGAUUUUUCUGCGGUAAAGAAGCUUAAUUGUUGGGGCACAGAAUUAACUGAUGUAAGCAUUUUAAGGAAAAUGAAAAAUGUGGAAGUAUUAUCAUUAAGUGUUAACAAUAUCAGUACCCUUGCUGAUUUUCAAUACUGCUUAAGUCUUCAAGAUUUAUUUGUUAGAAAGAAUAAUAUUAAAGAUUUGAAUGAAGUUUGUUAUCUUCAAGGUUUACCAAAUUUAAGAAAUUUAUGGCUUGGUGAAAAUCCUUGUGCUGAGAAAGAAGGAUAUCGAUUAGCAGUUUUAAGAGCUUUACCAAAUCUACAAAAUCUUGAUGAUAAAAUAGUAUCACCUGAAGAAGUGCAAACUGCAUUGACAAGAGGUCGUAUAUUGGUUCAUCCUCUUGAGAUGGAUGCCUCCCCACCACAAUCAGACACAGUUAGUCCAGAAGAUAUUACUACUGAAUAUAUUGAAGAAACCGAAGGGAUACGGCAUCGAAGAUAUAGUUCAUCAAGUGAUCAGAGAAGCUUAGAAGAAACACAGCAUACUCAAGAAGAGUAUCAUGAUCCUGAUCACAGAAAUGCAAACUAUAAUGCAUCACCAUCCCAUCAUUAUUCUCAAAAUAAUCAAUAUGCAUAUGAGCUACAGAAUGGACAGUCAAAGAAUCAAAGCAAAGAUGAUACUGUACGUACAGAGUCGCGCGACGUCAGUGAAAAUGUGGCCACUAAUACUAUUGAAAUAAUCAAGGAAUAUGAUGAUCGUCCUGCAAUUUCGAGACAUAAUGGUGAUUAUGAUGAAAGAAGAACUUAUGCGGAAUAUAGUAAUAACGAUACGGCACAGCGUCCAUAUGCACCAACAUCUCCAAGAACACAGUAUUCUAUGAAUGAAUCUGUAGAUGAUAGGCGUAUAGAAAGAAACAAUUAUGAUUAUGAUAAUAGAUUGAAAUCUGAAUAUGAAGAACAUCAUGACCACAGGAUAAAGUCAGAUUAUGAAGAGCAACAACAACCACCAGCUCAAUCAAGACGAAUGGCAGUCCAUCAUAAUAUGGAGAGGGAUGAUUCAAAUCAAGCUCCUGGAUGGGUAAGACAUACUGACAAAGAAAAGUGCAGGUCACAAUUUCAUUAUCACAGGAGACCCGUUACGAGAAAUUCCAACAUAUUAUCAGCUGUGUUAUGCUUAGUUAAGGAGCUUGAUUACCCAAGUUUAGAAGUGGUAGAAAUGGCUGUUAGAAAUCGAAUGGAUGAAUUAGAAGAAUGA